AUGGAGCUUCUCUUCCUGGGAGCGAUUGUCGCUGCCUUGGGCCUUCUCUUCAAAAUCUUCCAGCCUCGAGAUCACCUUGCGGAUGUACCCGGGCCAUGGUACUCAAAGUACACCUCACUCGGAUUUACCUUCAACGCUUUGGUUCCCCGUGUUCAUGAAUACGUCGACGGGCUACAUCACAAAUAUGGCCCUGUUGUUCGUCUGGGCCCGAAUAUGGUCGCAGUCGCGGAUCCUGAUGGAGUUGCCGACAUAUUCCGAUCCAGUCGUGGCUACUUGAAGGGGCCUUUGUACGACUCACUACUGCGUAGUUUCUUCUCAACCAGAGAUCCCGUUCUACACGGCCAGCGUCGGCGUCUCUUUGCUCGUCCACUCGCAAACUCGUCUCUCCAGACUUUUUGGGCGACUGAGGUGCGCCAGCGCGUCACGCUUACUGUACAACGAAUCAAGCGCGAUGCGGAAACAAACGGCGAAGGCGAUGCAUACACAUGGUGGAACAUCAUGGCCAAUGACGUUAUCACUAGGCUUUCGUUUGGCGAAUCGCUCAACCUCCUGGAGUCUGACGAGCACUUAGGGUAUAUCGAGGCAGUAAAGAAAACGCUGCGAUGCUCAUCGCUCUAUCGAAAUUUUCCGAGGCUCAUGCCGGUGAUCAAAUACCUUCCCAUUCGUCGACUGCAAGAACUGCUUCAGGCGAGACCCAAGGUUGAGAAAUACACCGCAAUGGCAGUAGAGAACUUCCGCGCCAAUGUGAAGCAGCAAGACGACCAAGGCAAAAAUCGCAAUAUCUUCACGCAGAUUGUGGCUCAAGCUGAUGAAUUGGACGGCGAGACUGUUCGAUCUAUCACAGACGAUGACAUACAUGAUGAGGCUCUCACACUCAUGCUCGGUGGUACUGAUAGCACAUCCUCUACUUUGACUUACACAACUUGGGCCGUGCUGUCCCAUCCUGAGAUCCAGGCUGAACUGGAAGAGGAGGUUGCCGGUCUUUCUGACGGCUUGUCGCAGAAGGAGCUUGAGCAAGCGCGUUUCCUGAAUGCGGUGAUCCAUGAGUCUUUACGACUCUACGGGCCUGUUGCCGUCGGCCUACAGCGCGUGGUCCCGCCUGGUGGUGCUCGUAUAGCUGGUUUUGAUCUUGCCCCCGGGACAGUGGUAUGGCCACAAAUGUACACUACGCGUUACGAUCCGAACAUCUGGCCGGACCCGCUGAAGUUUGAUCCAACCCGCUUUCUGGAUGUCAAAUUGCCAUCCAUGGCUGAGGGAAAUCUGACACCCGUCCAGAAGAAAGUGUAUGUCCCCUUUGGAGGCGGGACUCGCACGUGUCUCGGAAUGAAUCUGGCUUAUAUGGAACUGCGCCUCGGACUUGCUUUGUUCUUCAGGGAAUGCAGAGGAGCCAGACUAUCAAAAGCCAUGUCGCCUGAGGAUAUGACUCCGGAUUAUUUCUUCGUGAGCUCUCCGAAAGGACGGAAAUGCUUGAUAACUCUUCCAAACUGGUAA